GCUUCGACGGGGUCCUGGAGGCUGUGGUCCUAGGGUGUGUGUGUGGGUUGGAGGGGGGUGCUGGGGGGCCCGUCCCUGAGUCCGGGCAGGGGCGCUGGGCUCCCGGGUGGGGCGCGGGCCGGCGAGUGUGUGUGAAGAGGCUGCGGGGGCGGCACGCGUGCGCUUGGGGAUACCGGGCAGAGAGUUUCGGGGUUUCGGUGGGAGACAGGAGGAGGUGGCGCCCCUCGGAGGCAGAAGACUCCGCUGGUGCAGACCCAGAGUUUGCCACCUGGAGGGCUCGCUCCGAAGCGGGGAGCAUCCUCCUGGGCCAGAAGGAGGGCAUGGACCCAGCGGGUGGAUGGGGCCACCUCAGGCUUCCAGUGCCCGCCUGCCCCGGCUACCUAGCCGGGGCGGAGCCAGGCUGCGACAGUGGUGAGGGUUCCGAGUCGCCUGGGCACCGCGGAGCCGCCCUGGGCAGAGCCGGGGCAGCAGAAUGGAUAGGGAGAUUUCCCCACCCAACUUCCGUGCGCUUCUCCCGCUUCCUACAUUGCCCCCUCGGCCCGAAGUCCUGUAGGAGCAGUGUCCCCCAAGUGCGCUGGAGUCACAGCGUGAAAGAAAAGAGUGGAACCAGGUUACACAAUAUCCUCCUAUGCUUGGGACCUAUACUCUACUGUCCUACAGGAACUAAUCAAUGGUUUUUCAUCUCCUGGAGAUACAUUAGAAACAGAAAUAUGGCACCAAAAGAACUCCUUAUCUUUCUCUGACUUCGAUUUGUUGGAUACACUUCCGUACUGAAGAGAGCAUACACGCUGUGGCUACUCUUCCAGAGACUACUGCGUAGGAUCAUGGACCAUUCUAGUAAAGAAAAGGAUAAACGACAGCGGACAACUAAAUCCAUGGCACAAAGCAAUGCACACUGCUCCCGACUGCCGGGCUCCUCGACAUCCUCUGGGGUUCUUAUGGUGGGACCCAACUUCAGGGUUGGCAAGAAAAUUGGGUGCGGAAACUUCGGAGAGCUUAGAUUAGGUAAAAAUCUCUACACCAAUGAAUAUGUAGCAAUCAAACUGGAACCAAUAAAAUCACGAGCUCCACAGCUUCAUGUAGAGUACAAGUAUUAUAAACAACUUGGCAGUGCAGCUGAAGGUCUCCCACAGGUGUACUAUUUUGGACCAUGUGGAAAGUACAGUGCCAUGGUGCUGGAGCUCCUUGGCCCUAGCUUGGAGGACUUGUUUGACCUCUGUGACCGAACGUUUACUUUGAAGACGGUGUUGAUGAUAGCCAUCCAGUUGCUAUCUCGAAUGGAAUAUGUGCAUUCAAAGAAUCUUAUAUACCGAGAUGUCAAGCCAGAAAAUUUCCUGAUUGGCCGACAAGGCAAUAAAAAAGAACAUGUAAUACACAUAAUAGACUUUGGACUGGCCAAGGAAUACAUUGAUGCUGAAACCAAAAAACACAUAGCUUAUAAGGAGAACAAAAGUUUAACUGGAACUGCAAGAUAUAUGUCUAUCAACACGCAUCUUGGCAGAGAGCAAAGCCGGCGAGAUGAUUUGGAAGCCCUGGGCCAUAUGUUCCUGUAUUUCCUUCGAGGAAGCCUGCCUUGGCAAGGAUUGAAGGCAGAUACGUUAAAAGAAAGAUACCAAAAAAUUGGGGACACCAAAAGGAAUACUCCCAUUGAAACUCUCUGUGAGAACUUUCCAGAGGAGAUGGCAACCUACCUUCGAUACGUCAGACGGUUAGACUUCUUUGAGAAACCUGAUUAUGAGUAUUUACGGACACUCUUCACAGACCUCCUUAAAAAGAAAGGCUACACCUUUGACUAUGCCUAUGAUUGGGUCGGGAGGCCCAUUCCUACUCCAGUAGGGUCAAUUCAUGUAGAUUCGGGUGCAUCUGCAAUAACUCGAGAAAGCCACACACACAGGGAUCGGCCAUCACAACCACAGCCUCUUCGAAAUCAGGCAGCAUCGUCAGAACGUCGAGGAGAGUGGGAAGUCCAGCCCAGCCGGCAGACCAGUACUUCAUACUUGACGUCUCACUUGGCUGCAGAUCGCCAUAGGGGAUCAGUGCAGGUGGUCAGCUCAACCAAUGGGGAGCUGAAUGUCGAUGAUCCAACAGGAGCCCACUCCAAUGCACCAAUCACUGCACAUGCUGAGGUGGAGGUAGUGGAGGAAGCUAACUGCCUGAAAAUGCUCAACCUGUGGUGCUGUUGUUUCUUUAAGAGGAAAAGGAAGAAGAAUGCUCAGCGCCACAAGUGACCAGUGCCUCCCAGGAGUCCUCAGGCUCUGGGGACUCUGACUCCAUUGCACCUGCAGCUCCUGCCAUUUCUCAUUGGAAGGAAAUCCUCUGUGGGGGAGGGUGGAGAUCCAAACCAAAAAGAAGAAGCAGAUGCCCCCAGAAGGAGCCAGUGCAGGCAGCCAGGGUCCUGGUGGGUCAGGGGCUGCCCCUCCUGCCUAAGCUCCGGGCGGGUCCCAGAGCUGCUGUUCCUGCACUGCCUGCCCUGCGGCUGCCUGGUAGACCUUCUUCCCAUUGUUUACAGCAAAGGCCUCAUUCACAGAAACUCAAGGACUACUGCGCACUUCCCUGCCCUUCUUUAUUCCUGGUUCUCAUCCCACCCUCAACCCUCUGCUGCACAAAAGCUAGUGAGCUAAAAGCUUUGCGUGUGGAGAGGGGGCCCAGGAUCAGGAAGGCCAAAAAGGCAGGAGGAAAAUGGCAGGCCCAGGCCAGGGCUGGAGAACCGUCUUUCUCCACCUCCCUGUGUGUCUGCAGCAUGGCUUCCUCUCCUGUGUGCCUGGGCAGCCUCCACCCAGAUGGCCACAGGGUUCAGGUUCCUUCCUUCCUCCCUCCUGUGAAUUUACACUGUAGGACACAAGCUGUGAGAAAUCUGCAGUCUACUGUCCCCAUGUGGUGGCAUUUUUUAGCUUGCUUGAUGAGUGAGUUCCUUUCUCCAGGCAGUAGCAGGACAUGCAGGUUGUUCUGAGCAAAGGAAAGAAAACUGACUUUAUUGCACUUUUAGUUUUUUUUUUUUUUUUUUUUAAAAACAACAUGGCAGAUGCGUAUUAUGUCUAGUUCUAUUGGGAGUUUUACUUUUUCUGUUUUGAGGGGAUGGGCCAGCCAAGCCAUUCAGAGAGAAAAUGGGUCCAGAGGAUGUUUUCCAUAGAAAGAGAUUGAUUGGCAGCACCCAGAAGAGAAGAAGCCAAACUGUCACUCUGAGUGAGCACUCAGGUUGGCAAAGAAACAUACUUGAAUUUUCAUUCAUCUUCUCAGCUGCUGAAGGAUGUCCCUACCAGAGCCUCCUGACCUAACCCACCUGCCCUUCGCAAGCCUAGCUCUCCAGCAAGUGGGGUGAGCGGUGACCCAUCUGCGACCAAAAGACCCCACAGAAGGAGAUAUUCAUCCCAAAUCCAAAAUGUCUUUUUCCUCACUGCCAGGGACUUCCUACUAAAUAAGUCAUGUCACUUUCUGAUGAUUUCGGGGAUGACUAAACAGCCACUACUAUAUUGCCACUGGAAGACAAAAAGCAGACAGUGAACUUGCCUUCCAACUGCCAGAGAAGCUUCAAGGCAUGGCAUCAUAGGGCCAUGAGAAGAAAGUCAUUGUGUCCCAUCUGUCUUGUAGCAUUUGGGCUGGCUUGCCCUACCCAAAACCAGGCCUGUAGCAUCUGGACCAAGCACUAUGUGAAUAGGAGUAUAGGAGGUUGGUGCUGGGAAACUCCAGGGAAAAGGAAACUUAACUAAAAGGUUUUAAUUUAUCUUUUAAUUGGGUAUAACUUGAAUAUAAGAUGCAUCUGAGCAUGUUUUCCCAGCACACCCAACAUUCCCACCAAGGUGGCUUCACAGGGCGGAACACCAUGAAGUAUCUUAGUUCCUCAUUCACUGUUUGAAAUUAGUAAUGUCUGGAGCUAAUGUCAUGCUCCAUUUUCAGUUCAGGAGCCUUUCCAAACAAUAGUUUCUCAUCCCUAUGUGACAGAGGAGAAAGGAUCAUUUAUAUCAGGGGAAGAAGUCUUGUACCUAAAGCAGAGAGCUAACCACGCAGGUCCAUAGCUAUUGUAGUCUGGUGGCUUGGGGAAGCAUAGAAAUGUUUGUCCCUGGCUUGAGGCACAGGGGUAGCUAUUGGAAUGGAGGAGGAGGACAUAUAUUCUGGUUGCUGGCAUUUCCUGACAAGUCCAUAGUGUACUUUAUAUGAAUCAGAAAUGCCUGAUGUAUCAGAAUUACCAGAUUUACUUAUUCCAUGGGACCCAGGCUUGGGAAAAUCACUUUAUUGGCUCCAAACCCAUUUAUCUAUGUAAAGACUGCAAUCUGCCAUUUCUUUAAAAGAAGUAUUUCAGUAUGUGAAAUAGAGUGGCCGGAAGAGGCAAUGUUGUAUCCCUUCCCCACAAGGACUUUGACUACUGGGGUAUGCUUGCCUGCUGAUACCUGAUAGAUAAAGGCCAUCACCAAAAUUUGCAACGUCUCAUUUGGCAUUUGGGCAACUCUUAACUUCCUAUAAAGAAAUUUUAAUUUCCUCUUCCCUGUGUAGAAAAUACCUUGCCUUUCAAGGGAGGGCAGGGGAAAUGGUGGCAAAGCAUGGAGCAUCCAGGUUCAUUGUACCCCACUAAGUGCCUCCCCCACCCUGCUUCUACAAAAAAGCAAAGGUAGUGACUAGCUUGGCCACCAAGCAGGCUGCCUUGCUGCCAACUUUGUGGCUUUUUUUUUGUCUUAAAAUUUUUAUAGGCUAGCUCUUGAGGGGUUAAACCUGAGCAGUUGGGGGGUGGCUUCCUAAUGCACUAUUCUCAUCUUCCAACACCCCCCUUCCCAUCUCUUCCUAGGUGUUUGGUUUUCAUAGCAAAGGUAAAGAGCCCAGGUCCCUUUAGCACAUAGGUACUGUAGUGGUGAACCUUCCUAGGCUGUUGACACUCCAAGAUGGUCCCAGAGCCAAGAGAUUCUAUUAUAAUCUUAUACAGAAUUAACCCACCUGCCCCCUAGAAAACAAAAAGUGAGGACUCCACAAGCAGUUUGGCCAUCAGUUCCGGCCCUGCCUGCACGUCUGGCUCCUUCCUAAGUCCUGUCAAUGCUGUUGCAUGGCUGUGUGUCCCAGCCAGAUGCUGAUGGACAGGCAUGCCCUCCAGCACCCACCCAAAGUCUGCUUACUCUGUACUUUUCAGCUUUCUCCCACAGCCAUGUUGUCUGAGGAUCAUUUUCUUUGGGAUUGGUACAGUUACUUUCCUUUAAAGCAACUUCAGCAUCUUUGCAUUUUUAAAAACCCUGGAGAUAUUAGAUGCCUCCAUCUCUCUGGUGGUGUGACCUGAGAAGAUGUAGACAAGUGGAGUAGGCUGCCACCAAGGUGUGCUGCAUCUCCGCUGUGACUAGGCCUGGGCCAGGGCCUGCUCAGUCUUCCUCUGCAGGGGUGGGUCAGGUGGUUGCACAAGGCUGACGGAACAUCCUGGCAGCCAGUGUGCACUCGUGACUACCUUAAUUAACAUUGGGUUUUGGGUCUGUGUAGGAAGAAACAAGGUCUAAGAAAGUAUGAGUCAAGUGACAGGUCCAUGUCCUUUAAAAUGCAUAUGGUGCAGGAGAUGGAUUGAGGUAUCCAAUAGAAAAACUGAUGAUUUUCUACUUUUCAGUUCACUCCAAGUACAUAACAACAGUGCCCCUUUGCCAGACAGCAUCUAUCAUCUCAGAAAGUAACUUCAGCAGUGCUUAUGCAGUGUUUUCAGUGUUUCAACUACUUUGAAUGUCAGAAAUAUGCACUGAGGUGGUUAUGUUAGAGUGGUUACUAAUGAUUAUUUUGUUUUGGUUUGGCUUUUUGGUACUAUAAAAGAUAUAAUCCCUUCCACCUCCUAGUGAACAAGCAUUGCCUCCAUUUCUGAAAGAUAAGAACUUCACUUCUCUACAAAGGAACUGGUCUUUCUGAUGCAUCUCUCCAAAGCCUCUGUGCUUCCUGUGUCCCAGCUGCUUUUUAGUGUUCCUAGUAAGCCAGCUGUCCAUUCCCAUCAAGUUGCCCUGACAAUGUUGUCUCAUGUCCGAGCCUUGUCAGGCAUGGAGUUUCUCAAGUUGGGUGUUUGUGGGGCCACUCAGCCGACAUUGCCUAUGCCAGGCCACUGCCACCAGCCCCUCCACUGCCUCACGUUGGGCAUAUGAAUUCCAGAGACCCUCAGGGAGCCAGGAUAACCAGGUACCCAUCUGGAUUGGCCAUGUUGGUGACAGGCCCUCACUCCUGGGGUUCUUGCUUUGUAGACUCCAGGGGAGCCCCACCUAGAGGCUGGUGGUAACUCCCAGGAUUUCCUAUGAUAAGUUGGUAGAAGUCAAACCAGGAUUCCUUUUGAUUUGGAAGUUUGUUAUGAGGUUGGGUUUUUUUUCUGUGUAAGAAAAAGAAAAGGCAAACAUGGCCCUUCUGAGUUUGUAGAAUUUGAGCAGUGUUUAGCCACAAGUCUUGGAAGGCUUUGAUCCAGUAAGCAGUCUUAAAAAUGUUUUUCCUAACUCCUUUUGCACAUGACUAAGUGCAAAAGAAUAGGUUUCUCAUUGUAUUCACAAUAGUACGUAGGUCCCCUGAAUAUAGACAGUAGGACAGUAGUUAACAUUUUUCUCAGUAUGAACCAGGAAACCCAUUCCAGUAUUUGUAAAUCGGCCUUACAAAGGAAACAGUAAGCAUCAUACUCCAUAUAUUUCUAGUUGAUUACCGAACUUGAUGUUAUAAAGAAGCCUCGAUUGGGUAGACAGAAUUUUUUUUCUUUUAUUCAAAAUAACUUUUCUUGUGCCAUCACCCCCUUGAAGUUCUCAGAGUAGAGGAUUAUCCACAGUAAUAAGUGGGGGUGCGGUGCAGUCAUCCUGGUGAUGUUAGGCAGAAGAGGACUGCUGUCAUAACUGUCCCCCAAGUCCCCUUUUCAGGAUAGCUGUGACAUUUUCAGUAUUCCCCUUUGUGAUCUCCCAGGCUAACCCUGCACCAAAAGCCUUUUUUAGGCUUAUUGUCUGUCAGGAAUGUCUCAGGAAGAUGAGCCAUUUCUUUGGGGGGAAAUAAAUUUACAGAUGGGGGUGUACGAUUAUGUGUGUGUGCGUGUGCAUGCGUGAGUUCAUGUGUGCAUACUCUCCUCUGUACAUUUCACUUUGAUAAAAACUCAUGCUAGGCUGUGGGGAACCAGGAGUUCCUGAGUUUUACUUGUCACAGUGACAAGCUUCUCAAGGCAGUAUAUUAGCAAGCUGGCUCUUGGAAUGAGCCCCAUUCAUCAAGGAGAGAAGAGUAACAAAUGAAAGAGGUGAAACCAAAAAUACUAUAACUCUCCCAAUGGAAAGUAAUGUUGAUUUAGAAUUCCCAUUGGAUAUACUACAUCCUCUAAUUUAUUAUAUUAUUAUUUGUCUGUUUCUUUAAUCUUUGCCCAUUGUACUCUUAAGAUGAUGUUGGGAUGUUGAUUGCAAUUUUUAAAAAACUAGAUAAUGUAUAAAUCAGUUGUGGAAAUCAGUUAUAAUUUUGGAUGUGUCUGAUUAUUAAAUGCCUUUUUAAAAAAAAAGAUACAUAAUCUUUCAUGAAUCCUGGCACUGGUCAGAAAACUUACCUGUGAAAAUGAAACAGUAUUUUUAAACAUGAAUGUCAAUUUAAAGUGUAUGUGAAGUGGUCCCCCCAGCAAGAGACUUGUGUACUAUCGGGGAAAAAUCCGCAGAGGAAGUAGCCUUCUUUAGAGAAAAUGGAAAAUGGGUCCUGAUAAUUUAUCUCAGAGUAGCCCAUUUCUAGAGCACCAUGGAAUGUGCUGGAAGACACAAAUGUGAUCUCUUAAGUAUACUCUUCCCCAAUGUGGGGAGGACAGGACUCAGUUUGCACCAUUUUUGUAUGUAAAAUAAAAUGUCUCUUCUUUCUUGGCUA